AUGAAGCGGGGCCCUCGCCAGUGGCCUGCGCUGCUCAGUGUGCACAGCAGCCUUGGCCGGGCCCUCGCCCCCGCUCCAGCCGGCGGGUCCCGGCACCCCCUUUGUCCUGGCUCUGCCAGGCUCGCCGGCACUGAGACCGCCUCAAGGUUCCAACGGUGUCCUGCGCACCUGAGGAAGAGGCAGCACCGAGACCCUGCAUCUUCCCGAGGCUCGCUCGUCCCUGGCUGCUCCACCCUGCCGGGCCGGCUCUCCGCUGCCGGGGGCCCCGGGGUGGCCCUCGUGAGGCCGCCAUCUUGGCGGGGAGCGGGUGGGGACGCCCUCGCGGCCGGAAUCCCCACGCACGCUGCGCCUCGCGUCACGGGGAGGGGCGUGGGGAGGCGCCGAUUAAAGGGCCCGGGGGACUUCGGCGCCGUUACCCGGGGCGUCGUGCCCAGCCCCAGCCGCAUCAAGCAGCUGGCGGAGGCGCUGCGGACCAACCGCUCCGUCCAGUCCCUCUUCCUGCAUGGAAGCCCCCUGACAGAUGCCGGCCUAGCGCUGCUGAACCCAGCCCUGGCCCUCCACCCUGCCCUGGUGGCUCUGGACCUGGGGGACUGCAUGCUGGGUGAUGAAGCCAUCAACCUCAUCUGUGGCCUCCUCCCCCCAGAUGGGGCCAAGUCUGGCUUGAAGGAGCUAACGCUGAGUGCCAACCCUGGCAUCACCCCUAAGGGCUGGAGCCGCCUCGCCAUUGCUGUGGCCCACAGCUCCCAGGUCCGCGUACUCAAUCUGGAUUACAACCCCUUGGGUGACCAUGUGGCAGGAAUGCUGGCGGUAGCUGUGGCCUCCAGCCGUACCCUAGAGGUCCUAGACUUGGAGGGCACAGGGCUCACUAACCAGUCAGCCCAGGAGGGAGAGGAGGAGGAGGAGGUGGCAGGAGGGGCUGGCGACACCCAGGAAUGGGAGAAAGGGCGGGAGCCUGCUGCCCACCAGAGGGGCAGCAGCUCCUGGAUGUGUCCCAGCGAUCCCAGCUCUCAGAUGGUGCUAAUGACGUCAGGCCUAGGGGACAGUCUGCUGGCUGAGACCGAGAUGUGACGCUCCUCUCCACUGGGCUUCUGCGCAUCAUUACAUUUGUCUCUGUCUACAGCACUUUGCCCUCACCUGGGGCUUGGGAGGGACUGGGAAGCACGGGUUGCCCGGGGCUCUGGCAGUUCCUGGCAAUGUGGUGGGAAGGAAGCUCUGGAAGCUGUGACUGAACAAUAGCCCUGGGGGACAUUUGAACCCAGGCAAUGCCUCUGAACUUGUUGGCAGCUCUGGCUGCAACCCGCUGGCUCGGAAGAGAUUUUAUGAACUCUA